UGUCACUUUGCUCCCCGGGAUCGUUCACUUUUCUCCUCUAAACCCUAAUUACUCUUCUCCGUCGAGAGCCCACUUCGCUGCGAUUUCUCCAUUGAAUUCAGUUCCUAUGGAGCUCCCCGAGAGUGAUUUCGAGCGCCUUAUGUUCUUCGAGCUUUCCCGCAAGAACGCCGAGGCCACCUACGCUAGUAACCCUCUCGAUGCCGAUAAUCUUACAAGGUGGGGCGGGGCUUUGCUCGAACUCUCCCAGUUUCAGGGGGGCGCUGAGGGUACCAAGAUGGUAGAAGACGCUAUUUCAAAAUUGGAAGAAGCUCUACAAGUAAAUCCAAGAAAGCAUGACACGUUGUGGUGUUUGGGAAAUGCCCACACUUCCCGUGCAUUCUAUACUCCAGAUUCGGACACAGCAAAGGUAUACUUUACAAAGGCUACUCAGUGUUUCCAACAAGCCUUGGAGGAGGAUCCUGGAAAUGAUGUGUACUUGAAAUCUUUGGAUAUGUCAUCCAAGGCACCUGAACUCCACCUGGAGCUGCAAAGGCAGUUGGCCGGUCAACAAGCUUUAGGGGGAGGACCAUCAUCUAAUGUGAAGGCUUCGAAGAAAAAGAAAGACAGUGAUCUCAAGUAUGACAUACUUGGGUGGGUGAUUCUCGGCAUUGCUGUUUUUGCAUGGGUGGGAAUGGCCAAGUCUCAUGUUCCCCCACCACUACCACCACGCUGAAAAACACCAGCUGCCGAAUAUAAUGCUUGCUCUCAUUUGCUAACACCAAAUGUCUGGUCAAUCAACGCAGAGGAAGUUAUUGAGGCAGAGUGAUAAAUAAAACAAUAUUCUCAGACCAGACAAGGAGUAUAUCAGGGACAAUUUGCUAAGAGAGCAGUAUAGAUACCCUAAAUUAUAAAAAUUUAUUCCCUUUUGGAGGCUGCUUUCAAUACUUUGAUCUUGUUUUAGGUGGUUGUUUUUUUGUUUAUGGUAAUCAGCCUAGCUUGUUUUUCAUUUAUGUUAUCUUGUUACCCUUU